AUGCCUGGCCUUACGCUUCCUCCAUUUCCCGACGACGUUCCCACCCACCCUCUGCUAGUCAUAGACUACGCACAGUUGAGGGUCGGUGACGAACAGGAGAUGAAUAGGUUGUGGCAAGCCGCUACGGAACUCGGCUUUUGGUACUUGAAGAACCAUGGGGCCGAUGCCGAGGUCGGUGACAUGUUUGAUAUGGGCACAGAAACCAUGGAUCUGCCAUUGCAAGAGAAGUUGAAGUUCGAACAAGGCGACAACGGGGUUUCUUUUGGUUACAAAGCUCUCGGAGCGAUGGCUACUGAUGAGCAUGGCACGCUUGAUGCCGUCGAGUUCCUCAACAUCGCAAAAGAUGAUGUUCUAGCUUGGCCAGGGCGGGUCCACCGCACCUAUCCGGAGACUGUGAACAACCGGAUGGAGUCUACCAUAAAGCCUUUUGUGCGCAAGUCGCUCGAGAUAAACCAUACGGUCCUUGAAGUCUUCAACGCCAAACUUGGAUUGCCCCAAGGCGCUCUGCUGAAUCUGCACUCCCUGGAAGAACCAAGUGGCAGCGAGGCACGAUGCAUCAAGAGCCCUCCCAAGCCUCGGUGGAUGGCAGAACAGAAGACUGCUAUCGGAGCUCAUACUGAUUUUGGCUCGUUGUCUUUCCUACACAAUCGCCUCGGGGGACUACAGGUGCUCCCUCCUGGGUCGGAUCAGUGGUACUAUAUCAAGCCUCUGCCGGGUCUGGCGGUGUGCAAUGUAGGCGACGCUCUGGCGAUAUUCAGCGGUGGCAUCCUGCGUUCCAAUGUGCAUCGAGUGGUCCCACCGCCCGGCGCCCAGAGCGGUCUGGAGAGAUGGUCGGUCGUGUAUUUCACCCGACCGGGUACUAGUAUCGUACUGCAUAUCUGA